AGAUGAUUGGAACGAUCGCAUUGUACUGGUGUCACCCACUGGAAAACAUCUCAAAACCUUCGGGAAGAAAGGAAAAGAGCCUCAAGAUCUCCGGUUUCCAAGGGGCGUCGCUGUUCAUCCCAACACUCACAAGGUGUACGCCGUGGAUAGUGACAAUUGCAGAAUUCAAGUUCUCAAUUCAAACCUCUCGUACUGCAGCAGUUUUGGUCGGGAGGGCUCAAACAAUGGAGAGUUUAAAGAGGCGUAUGACAUAGCCAUGGGUGACGAAGGCAAUGUAUAUGUUGCUGAACGUAAAAACCACAGAAUCCAGGUCUUCACAAUGGACGGGGUGUACUUAAGACAGUUUGGGGGAGAGGGAGAAGGAGAGGGAGAACUGAAGGAGCCAGUCAGUAUUGCUAUUGAUACCCGGGACAAUGUUGUGUAUGUUGGUGAACGUGGAAAUGACCGUGUGUCGAUAUUUUCUACCGCUGGGAAGUUUAUUAAGUCAUUUGGAAGACAGGGAAAUGAUCCUGCUCAGUUUAACGGUCCAUUUGGACUGGCUGUGGACAAAAAAGGAACUCUAUAUGUUUGUGAUACUGACAAUGGUCGCAUUCAGAUUUUUACCUAAGUUCACAUGAUUAACUGUCACUGUAAACUGUUCGUAUAUAAUAUUUUGAACAAAGUAAAGCGCUGACUAAAAUUGUUCUAUACACCACUGACUGAGCCCCUCUUCUCUCUCUGUGAAGGUUUGAGAGAUAUCUGCUGAAGAUGUCAGAGAUGCAGGUCCAGGUUUGGUCGUCACGGCAACACCGAUCCCAGCAGUAUCUUCUGGAGAGGUUCACUCUCUCCAUUAGACUCCAGAGAUGUCUUAAUCCAAGUCCAGACCACACCCACUUUAGUCUCUGGGCCAGUGUUCCCUCUCUCUGUUUCCAUGUCGACGAACAAAAGAUUCAAUCAUUAAUCAUGUGUCUACACCCACUGACUCCACCCACUUCACCAAGCCGCACCCCCUCUCCUCACCCAUACACUUCCACGCAGUCAAUGUACAAGUCAGCCCUCUCUUCUGACUCCUUCAUCCAAUCAGAUCCCCCCGUUGAAGAUUCAAUUUACCUCUCAUUUUACGAGGGUCUUCCCCAUCAGAAAAUCAGCUUGUUGUCUGAAUCAAAGCCCCACCCACUUUCAAAGCAGAAGUCAUGUGACCCCAGGGUUGCUAGGGAGCGUUACCAACGACGACUGCAGGCUGCAAUGGAGGAAAUAGUGUCUGUUAAUUUCUCAAUCGACAGUGUGUUUCUGUCUCUCUCCAGCAAUGACCAAGUCAUCACAGAGCUAACAAUACCGGGAGUCACGCUGGACCUUCACAAGAGACCGUACGACACUAGACUCGAACUCUCGGUCCAAGAUCUCUGUGUCCUGGAUAGGUUCCAAAACUUUGGUCCCGAAUUUGAGCUAAUUCUCUGCUCUGGCGGGAAAAACUUGUUGAACCUGUCUUCUCCUUCCCAGAAACAAUCCUUUGACCCAAGUAGUGGAAUGACAGGAAAAUCCUACUCCUACCCCACGUUUGCCAGCAUCAGAAACACCGUAUCCAAUAGCAAUGCCACUACACCCACCGUCACUCCAAUUAGAGCCCACCACUCGGAUAUUCCGAAUUUGUUUCCUCUGCAAGAGGAUUUCGGCAUCAUCUCUCCCGCCAGUGAUUCACCAACCCUUCUCUCUGUCUCCUACCACCAUCUCACCUCUUUCUCUCCCGACCAUCCUGCCACGAGGGAUAUCGACUUGGGGAAGGAAGAGGAAGGCGAGGAAAUGGAGGCGGAGGAGUGGGUGUGGCCUAGCGAAGAGGAGCCCGAUAUCCACAAGAUAUCCGUACACUGCACUGGAGUUGAUUUGAUGGCCAACCAGGAAACGAUAGCAGAGAUCAUCUCGUUCUGUCAGAAAGCUCUCCCACCUAGUCUUCUGCACAGAGGAAGAAGUGAGGGUGGAAGUUCAGAGGAAGAAGAGAUUAUGAAGAGAGAGGAAGAAAUGUCAAUAUCUACUAAACCUGUGGAACCUGCUCAAUCCCUAGUCCAUAUGGAAGCAAGUGUGGUUUUCGAAAGGCUCGGAGUUCGUCUACUGAGGAGAAUUAACCGUCGUUCAGUGAGAAAGGGUUUUAGCCAAGGAGCCAGCUCCGCCCACCUACUAGCCAGCCUAAUAUUCCACAGGCUGUCGGUGGCGGCAAGAGGAGUGAGGAUGACAUCAGUUCUGGAGGGACAGCUUGAAGGAAUCAAAGUCACUGACCUCACAGAGAUU